AAUUCUAUUACGGUGUUGUUUUAUCAUAUAAAAACUUGACAUCCAUUCAAUACAUCAAUACAUUUGAUUUGAAUUUUUUAAAUUGACAAACAACGAUGGCGGCUAAUAACGAUGAUCAACAACAACAACCAUCGAUACCAAUAACCAGUGGACGUUUGGAUUUGAUUGUUCCACAUCUUAGUGAUAUUCGUAUACCGAAUACAACCGAUAAAAUUUAUAAAGAUGAAUGUGUCUAUUGUUUUGAUACACCGAAUUCACCGGAUGGAAUUUAUAUCUGUAUGAAAACAUUUCUUGGUUUAGGUCGUCGAUUUGUUCCAUUUCAUCAUGCUCAUACUGGUAGUGCUGUAUAUUUGAAUAUACGAAGAAAAACAAUUCCAGUGAAAAAUGAUUUUCGUAAUGAUGAUAAAUCUAAAAUUACUAAAUUAGCCAUCAAUGUCGAAGGUGGAUUUCAAACCGAUGAUAAUAAAUUGGAACAUCAAGAAUAUAAUUCCAUAGUAAUAAUGCCCGAUUUUGUUGAAAUUUCAUUGGAUCUUAAUGGCUCACCUGAACUUCCGGAUAAAGUUGUUAUGGCUGUUUCAGGUAUUUUAUCAGCAGAAUCAGCAUCUCGACUUGCUGAAUUAGAAUCAUUGGAGAAUACAUGGGAUGGUGAGAAAAGAUCUGUAUCGAAGCAUAGUGAAAGUUUGAUUCAAAUGGAUAACGGUGUUCGUAUACCACCAUCCGGUUGGAAAUGUCAAAACUGCGAUAUGCGUGAAGGUCUAUGGCUUAAUUUGACUGAUGGUUCAAUUGGAUGUGGCCGAAAAUAUUUCGAUGGAACCGGUGGUAAUAAUCAUGCAGCCGAACAUUAUGAUCAGACUAAAUAUCCUUUGGUCGUCAAAUUGGGAACCAUAACUCCGAACGGUGCAGAUGUUUAUUCUUAUGAUGAAGAUGCCAUGGUACUUGAUCCAAAUCUGGAUAAACAUCUUGCUCAUUUUGGUAUCAAUAUUUCCGAUUGUCGUAAGACGGAAAAAUCAAUGCUCGAAAUGGAAAUUGAUCUGAACAAACGUUUUGAUGAAUGGUCUAUUAUUCAAGAAGAUGGUCUUGAAUUGAAACCAUUGUUUGGACCUGGAUUCACUGGAAUGGCGAAUCUUGGUAAUAGUUGCUAUCUAAAUUCAGUGAUGCAAAUGUUGUUCUCCAUACCGGAUUUUAUUCGGGAAUAUUAUCGUGCCGAUAAAGCUAUCCAAUAUCAAAAAUCCAAUCGUAUUGAUCCAGCUGGCGAUUUACGAACCCAAUUAAUGCGUCUAGCAUCGGGUCUUCUGUCGGGUGAAUAUUCACUUUUUAGUGAAAAUCUUAACGAACAAAUUGGUAUCGGUCCACAAUUAUUUAAAAAUCUAAUUGGUCGUAAUCAUCAGGAAUUCAUGUCAAAACGUCAACAAGAUGCACAAGAGUUUCUUCUUUAUGUAAUUGAACAGAUUGAAAAAAUUCAUCAUUCAGAACAGAGUCGGGGCAGAAAUCUGUCAACGGAACCACCAGGUGAUUGUUUUAAAUUUGAAAUUGAACAACGUGUUGAAUGUGGUGAAAGUGGUAAAGUUAAAUACACGAAUCGUCAAGAAUCACAUUUAUCUUUGCCUGUCACUGAUGUACCAAUACAAAAUAAAGCUGAAUAUGAUGCUUAUCUGGCUCUUAAACAACAGGCAGAAAGUAAUGGAGAAAAAUUAGAUUCAAGCCAUACUGUUCAUCCAAUUAUCAAACUAACUGAUUGUGUUGAAAACUUUGCUGCCAAAGUUCGAAUAGAUGAAUUCUAUAGUUCCGCUGUGAAUCGCAAAACAUUUGCAACAAUGACAAGUCGAUUUCGUACAUUUCCCGAUUAUCUUUUGAUUCAUUUGAAAAAAUUUACAUUGAAUGAAAAUUGGACACCAAAAAAAUUGGAUUUAUCAAUGGAUGUACCGGAUUAUCUUGAUCUAGAAAUGUUUCGUGCUCAAGGAAAACAAUCGGAUGAAGAAGAGCUUCCGGAUGACGCAUUGGAUUCAAAUGAAAAUUUGCAAGGUGGUAAUAAUGCCAAUGUACCUGCAUUUGAAUUCAACCAGGAAUAUCUUCGACAAUUGAUCGAUAUGGGUUUUCCAGUUGAAGCUUGUAAACGUGCAUUGUAUCAUACACAGAAUGAAGGUACGGAACAAGCAACGAGUUGGAUUCUUGAACAUCUUGAUGAUCCGACUACAAUGGAACCAUUCGAAAUUCCAUCCAGUAGUGGUGGUAGUAGCCAUUCACAAGGAGGACAAACUUGUAAUGCUAGUGGCCAAUUGCCCAAGAACGAAAUCGAGCCACAAGCUUUACAGAUGUUACAAGAUAUGGGAAUACCUGAACAAUAUGCAUGUCUUGCAUUAAAAAUCAAUAAUAAUCAAACCGAACGUGCUAUCGAGUGGUAUUUUUCUAAUGAACAUCAAAUGGAAAUGAUUGAAAGAGAAGAGCUGGCCAAACAAACACCGAGUACCGAUAAUCAACAACAGCAACAUCAACAUUCUAUAAAAGAUGGUGUAGGUCGAUACGAAUUGGUCGGAUUUAUCUCACACAUGGGUCAAUCAACAUUUUGUGGACAUUAUGUUGUACAUUUGAAGAAAACUUUACCAUCUAAAACAAUGAAUACCAGCGAAACAAUCGAUGCUUCACAAACGCAGAAUACAUCAUCAUCAUCAUCAUCAUCAACAGAAGACAAGAUAAAAGCCGAACAACAAUGGGUUAUAUUCAAUGAUAAUAAAGUGGCCAUCUCUGAACGUCCUCCAAAACAAUUUGCCUACAUUUAUCUAUAUCGUCGUUCUAAAUGAUAAAAUUAUGUCCAUUGAUUGUUGGAAUUGAAAUUAUACUCUUUUUUUUGAUUUAUGUCAACCAAUUGAUUGUAAAAAAGAUUUUAAAUUUUUAAAAUUCGUAAUAAAAAAUUAUAUUGAUACUGCUACAGA